AUGACGAAGACGGCGAGCGCGAAGCGCAAGCGCGCCGAGAGGGAAGCCCUCAAGGCCGCGGACCAAGCCAACAAACGCGCAAAGACGACGACGACCACCACCGACGAUACGACCAACGACAACACCCCUCGAGCGAACCUGCCCAAGGCCGUCCUCGAAAAGAAGCUCUUCGUCGAGAACUCCACCGGAAAGGACCGCGUGCGCGAGGCCAAGCUGUACGACCUCCUCAGCAGCGAGAACGAGACGGACCGCAUCGAGGCUGCCGGCGCCAUCAUCUCCAGCCUCCUCGACGGCGAGGGCGCCGCCGAGGCCGUCCUCGAGAGGCAUCUCGACUGGCGCCUCUUCCGCGGCCUCGCGAGCGGCCGCGCCGCCUCCAGGCUGGGCUACAGCCUCGUCCUCACCGAGAUCCUGAGCCAGCUGCUCGGCCCGCCGCGGGACCUCGCCAAGGAGCGCUACCCGGGCCUGACGUUCGACAAGGUGCUGGGCAUGCUGCUGGAGAGGACGCACGUGGGCGGGAACAUCCCGGGGCAGGAGGAGAGGGAUCUGUUCUUCGGGCGGCUGUUCGGGCUGGAGUGCUUCGUGCGCGCGCGGGUGCUGUUCGUGGAGGGCGAGGGGCCGGAGAGGUGGAACGAGAUCCUCAGGUUGCUGGUGAGGCUGGGCGACGAGAAGGUCUGGCUGCGGCCGCAGUGCGGAUGGGUCGUCGCGCAGGCGCUGGCGCGGCUGGAGCGCGGCCACGUCGAGAUGGUCCUGCAGCAGCUCGUCGAGCUCGGCUGGGCCAAGACGCCCGAGGGGGUGGGCAUCUGGCUGAUCGCGCUGGAGCAGUGCCCCGAGCUGCGGAGCGACGAGAAGUCGGGCGAGAAGAAGCAGCAGCAGCAGCAGCAUCACCCGCUGUCGUCGAGGAACCUCGGCGAGCUGGCGGCGAUAUUGAAGGAGAGCAGCGCGAACGAGGAGCAGGCGGAGAAGGAGAAGCAGAGGCAGCAGCAGAGGGGGAGCAAGAAUAAGCAGGCCAACUGGUCGCCGACGCUGCACUUUGUGUGGGAUCUCAUCGUCGCGCACUUCUCCCGGCUGGGGAGCGAGCAUGUGGAUGAGUUUCGGACUUUCUGGCAACGGGUUGUCGACGAUAACUUCUUCGCCAAGGCGGCGACCGAGGGCCAGAAGUUCCGCGGCUUCCUGAUCUUCCAGAAGAUGCUGCAGGCGUUCGUCAACAACGACGAGUUCCUCGACAUCCUCUUCAGCCGGAACUUCAUGACCUGCCUGAUGAACCAAGCCUCCCAGGUGGACCGGUACCUGCACCGCGCGGCGCUCAAGACGCUCAAGACCAUCGAGGAGGCGUCCGCGGCGCACCCCGAGGCCACCGGCAUCAUUCUUGACAACCUGAUCGGCAACAACGGCAUGUACAGGUUCGACGUCAUGACCAAGACCAAGACCGUCGACAAGAUCCUCCAGCACGUCCAGCCUGAGACGGGCGAGGAUGUCAUCCAGGUGCUUAGCGGGCCCGUCAUGAAGACUUGCACGAAAGGAAAGGACAUCAACACGGUCAAACAGGACCUGCGUGUUUACAUCGAGUACAUCUUCCGCUUGAGCACCGCCGCACCCGAGUACGCGCUCCAGGAGUUGACGUCCCUCGCCUACGCCAAGCUGGUGUGGAUCCCGGAGAACGCAAACGCCCUCGUGAAGGAGCUCAGCCGGAACCGUCUCCAGUCGGCGUUCGCCAAGCUCUCGCGCAAGGCCGAGGACUCCAACUACCUCUGCACGGCGGUCCAGUCCAUCAACCCGGACUACAUCCGCAUGGAGGGCGACAUGAAGAAGGAGGUCAACGCGGCGCGGAAGAGGCUGGAGAAGCUCAUGAAGAAGGGCGGCGCGGAGGCGGCUGGUGAGGACGCGUCGGACGACGUCAAGAUCGCGCAGGGGCUCGCGCUGUUGCACGCCAUCGCCAUCUUCCAGCUGUACAACGAAGAGCCGGACGCGUUCCAGCUCCUGGGCGACCUGAAGGAGUACCAGACCCGGUUGCAGGAGGACGAGGAGGGCGCGGCGGAGUUCCUGGUGGAGAUCCUCCUCGCGCUCGUCUCGCAGCAGUCGGCGCUCAUGCGCGAGAUUUCCCAGCGCGUGUUCGGGUACUUCAGCAGCCGCGUCUCGCCCAAGGCUCUCGAGCUUCUCCUCGACGUCCUCGCCGCGGACGAGAGCGCCAAGGGUCAGCAGUCUCUGUUUGACAUCGACAACGACGAUGAUGUCGAGGAGAUGGAGGAAGACGAUGAGGAUGAGGAGGACGACGAGGACGAGCUCGGUUCAGACUUUGAGAUUGACUCGGAUGUGGAGUUCGUCAACCUCGACAUCGGCGACGGCGAAGACGCAGAAGAGGACGAGGAAGAGGAAGAAGAAGACGAGGAAGGCUCCGGCUCCGACGAAGCAGACGACGAGGAGGCUAACAACCUCGAAGCCCUCGACGACGCCCUCGGCAAGAUCCUCAACAGCCACCGCCUCGACAAGGACCAGGAGGCAGAAGAGUCCGACAACGACGCCGACAUGAGCGACUCGGACAUGCUCGAGCUCGACAACAAGCUCGCCGAGGUCUUCAAGCAGCGCGCCAAGGCCGCCCCCAGCAAGAAGAAGGAGCGCAAGGCCGCCAAGGAGUCCGUCGUCAACUUCAAGCGCCGCGUCCUCGACCUCCUCGCCACCCUCGUCCGCAACGAGGCCGCCAGCCCGCACACCCUCGCCGUCCUCCGGCCCCUCCUCGAGCUCGUCCGCACCACCACCAUCAAGACCCUCGCCGACCGCGCCUUCGAGCUCAUCAAGGACUACCAGAAGCGUCUCCGCAAGGCGAGGUCGGGCAGCAAGGGUGUCAAGAUCGACAAGGCGCAGGCGCUCGAGGUGCUCGAGGGCGUGUACGAGGAGCUCAAGGCCGGCGAGACCAAGGCGCACGCCAAGGCCGCGGUGCCGGCCUGCCUCAUCGCCGCGUCGAGCGUGUUCCACGCGCACGGGGGAGACCGGGCUGUCGUUGACGGUGUUGUCGGGGAUGUGAAGAAGGACGCUUCCGCGGCGCAGGUGGACUUGAAGAAGGCCUGGGACGAGUGGUGCCGGAAUCACGAGGCGCUGAAGAAGGCCGGUGCUGGGAAGAAGUAG